UAUUUACGUUAUUAUGUGUCGAAAAUUCUCGGUAACCCAUUUUGUAAGAAAUGGAAGACAGCUUCCUUAACCAUAUUAGACUUCUCGGAGACAAAGUAUGGCACUCUCUUUUUAGACGAAGAGCGCCAAAUCGUGCUAUAUUUCGCAGUUUAGGGGAGCUUGAACAGCUAAUAAUUUUGCGCCUCGUUAACAUAAACCAAGCUGUUCCUGAGAGAGCCUUAAGGUUAUGGAUGAAUCCAACUUCGUUUACCGAUUUCAGAAGAGCUUUAUCUUUGUUGAGGUCUUAUUAUAUCGUUGAGAUUUCCGACAACCGUGCGAAGGAUGGAAAACAACAAUAUGAAUUGAACCAAUACUUUAAAGAAUCGACGUUGAAAGAUAUUUAUGACAUACCUCUAGAAUUAGAGCAAGGGUUUUACUACUUAGGAAAUGUUGAGGACCGUGAUAAAAUCAUCGGCAACCCUCCAUCAAUCAACACACUUAUACAGCACUCAAAGGAACGCUUAGACUUUUUAGUAUUAUUUCUCGUGUCAAAGGAGCAUCGUGAAAAAACAUUAAGAGCGAAUAAAAUUUUGAAGAAAAUAAGGAAGCUAGAGAAAAUGAAGGGAACAAACACGAAAAAUCCGUUGUUAUUCAAAAAGGUCAAAUCGUUAGAGCAACAGCUCUUCACUCUAACGAAAAAUGGAAAGACCAUUUCAUCCGAUCUUCUACAUGUCUUAGAAGGAUAUAGCAUGAUAUUUGAUGAGAAAAAGAAGAACAGGAUCGGGAGAGGUGAAAGUUUGAUGAGUCGCCAUGCCUUGAGCUGGCUAUUGAAGGGAGUUGAUACACAAUUGAUUAUAUUAAUUGUUGGAUAUUUAAAAUACAUUGAGAAAGGGUAUUUAUUUAAUGAAACAAAUUUAACAGACAAUUCAGAAGGGAGAAAUGAAGCCAGAACUGAUGUAAAUGAUCAAGAAACCAUAGAAAAGUUAGCUUUGGGAACGAACUAUUUAACUGAAUCUUUAGAUUUGCUUUUAUCUCUAUCGCAGGCUAGAUACGGUGAUACAUUCCGAUUAGAUAAUCCGACAUUGUCCCAGCAACGGAUAUUACGAUUCCUCAUCGAGUUAGGCUUAGUCUAUGCCGAUUCAGAUGGGAGCAAAAUUUACGUCACUAACUUAAGUUUCCUUGUGGAUGUUAAGCAUGCGAAUCUAGUUGAAGAACACCAAAUUUCCAUGUCAGUUUGCGGUAAUAAAGGAAGCAAAAUGGUUGUGCAGAGCAACUUUAAGAUUUAUGCUUACAUACCAAGUGCAUUGCAAAUGAAUGUAUUAAAUCACAUUUGCGAAUUGCAAGCUAAGACACCGAAUUUGGUGAUUGGGGUGUUAACAAGAUCAAGCUUACAAACGGCAUUCAAGAGUGGGAUCACAGCAGAUCAACUAAUAUGCUUUUUCGAAUCUAAAGGGCAAUAUGAUGAUAUACAGAUAAAUCGUAAUGUGAUGAAUGUUCCAGAAAACGUGCGACGUCAAUUAAAAAUGUGGGAGGCCGAACGCAAUAGACUUGAAUUAUUAAAUGCAGUGGUGUUCAAAAGGUGGGACAAUGACUUCAUCCCAGAGCUUUUCAAACGUGUAGUCAGAUGGGCACAAACUAAACGUUAUGAAAUAUACCAUACAGCAUGGCCAUCGGACAUAUCUUCAUCAGCAUAUCAAAAAUGGCUAGAGAACGAGAAAUAUUUAGGCUGCACGUUAGAAUCCAAAGAGGAAGUAAUUGAAAAGAUUAAGCAGAUUCGGUCGUCGUUAGCGGAAGAAAAAAUACGUUCAAGCUCUGCAAAUCCAUAUAGAUAGCUUAGUCCUUGAUGUUGUGUUUGACAACAAUGUAAGAGAUUGCUUCUGCCGACGCGUGAAGAUACUGUUGAUUUCUGUCACGAAACGGUUUACAAUGACAAAAUAUUGUCAAAAUGCCACUGAGUGGCCACAAAAAGUGCGAAUACUACACUGAAAACAGCGGUGGUCAAUUAAUA